AUGCCCAUCAGCUCUCCCUCAUCCCAGAAUGGCCUUUUCCCUGAAUCAUCUUCGUCACCAUGGGCACAGUCCCACCACCCCGGACUCCGAGCACAAGCAAGGACGUUCCUCUCGUCCAAAACAAAACACUACAUCGUCCUAGCUCUGGUAGCAGUAGAUAUAGCAUCCAUCGUGGCUGAUAUCUUGGUGGCCCUGGUCGCCUGCGACUUGAAGCAGGAGGGUGCAAAGUGGGUGUCGGAGACGAGGGAAGGAUUACACAUGCUCAGGACAUUGAUCAGCUCGCUGUUCCUGGUCGAGUUGGCGGGGAUGAUUUGGGCUUUUGGAGCUGGCUUUGCUGUGGAUGUUGUCAUGCUGGUGAUGCAUGGGGACGGCAUCGAGGAAAUCGCGGAGCUGAUCAUUGUCCUGCGUCUUUGGAGGCUCAUCAAGAUAAUUGAGGAACUUGGCGUUGGGUUGUCUGAGGGGAUGGAGCAGAUGAGGAGGAGGGUUGAGGAGUUGGAGAGAAUCUUGAACUGA